CGCGCUCGGCCGAGGCAGAGGCCCCCACGCGGCAGGGGCGCUUGUGGCGUGGCGCCCCGAGCCGCGGCCACCUGCCUGCCCGGAUUCCAUCGCCCCACCUCAGUGCUCGCGCGCGCGGCGCGAGUGGGCGAGUGCGGCGCGAAUCCGAUCCCCCCGUAUAAGAAGAAGCGGGGGUGAGUGGGCGGAUGGGAACGCGGCCCGGCUCGCGAAACCGAAUCCUCCCUCCUCCUCUCCUCCGGGUGCUGCUUCGGAAUCGGUAAGUCAGCAACGCAACAAUGGAAGAAGGGAAAGACAAGAAUAACACCACCGAGAAGGGGCUGUUCUCAAACAUGAUGCAUGGUUAUCCACCUCAUGGAGGAUACGGAUACCCUCCUCAAGGUUACCCGCCACCGGGGGUCCCCUACCCUCCUCCCGGGGCGUAUCCUCCUCCACCACAAUAUGGGUACCCUCAGCCCGGUGGCUACCCACCUCACGGUGGAUAUCCCCCCGUCGGCUACCCUGGCUACGGGGGUGGCCACGGAGGCCAUGGCUACGGCGGCGGGCACAUGGGCUACGGAGGCGGCUACGGCGGCGGCAGCCAUGCUCUCGGGCACCACCACGGAGGCCACGGCUACGGCCAUUAUGGUCACGGAGGCCAUGGCUACGGACACCACGGUCACGGACACUACCACGGCGGGCACGGCUGGGGGCACCAUGGCCAUGGAUAUCACCACCACCACCACCACGGCAAGCACGGUUACGGCAAGUUCAAGAAGUGCAAGUUAAGUCCCUCGACAGCAAUGGGAGGAGGCAACGACGGUCAUGGGUACCCACCCGGUGGCCAGGGGGGAUACCCUCCGCAAGGGUACCCGCCGCAGCAGGGAGGUUACCCUCCACAGCAAGGAUACCCGCCUGCACCUGGAGCUUACCCACCUGCACCUGGGGCAUACCCUCCUGCACCUGGGGCAUACCCUCCUGCGCCCGGAGCGGGUGGCAGUGACGGGGAGAAGGGGCUCCUCUCCAACAUCAUGCACGGUGUUGCCGGUGCUCAUGGUGGUGGCCAUGGCUACCCAUCUGGUGGCCACGGGUACCCCCCGCAGCAGCAUGGAUACCCUCAGCAAGGCUACCCUCCUCAGCAUGGCUACCCACCGCAACAGCAUGGCUACCCUCCACAGCAGCAUGGCUAUCCCCCUGCUGGCUACCCUGGCUCAUCUGGUCACAGUGGUAGCCAUGGAGGAGGAGGCAUGGGCAUGGGCGGCAUGCUAGCUGGAGGCGCAGCAGCUGCUGCCGCCGCUUACGGAGCACACAAGAUUUCUCACGGCGGCCACGGUGGAGGUGGACACAUGAUGGGAGGCAUGAUGGGCGGCCAUGGAGGCUAUGGCGGCGGGUACGGCCACCACGGCGGCAAGUUCAAGCACGGGAAGCACGGCCACGGCAAGUUCAAGCACGGCAAGCAUGGGAAGCACGGCAUGUUCGGCGGCGGCGGAAAGUUCAAGAAGUGGAAGUAAUGCGCUAGCUAGUAGCUUCACCAUGGCUGAUGAAUCAAAAAAAUACCUAAACUCUUCGUGUAGGCUUCCAGAACUUGGUUUGGUCAGGGAAAGCCUUUGAGAUGUAUCUAAGCAGGGUGUGGUGUGGUUGCUGCCCGGAUCUCGUGGAGCUUCCAUCCUUUCCUCUAUAUGAUUUGGCACUCUAGUCUGCGUCUGUGACAAGAUAUGACUUGCUAAUAAGUACCUGAAUUCUGUCUGGUGCUAUGCUUUA